AUGGAGGAAAGAAACAAAAUAGCUGUGUCUGAUCUGUUCAUCCUAGUGGGAUUUUCCAGUCUUGGUGAGAAACUGAAGAUUUUCCUCUUCCUGGUUCUUCUCUUCAUCAACCUGAUCACAAUAACAAGGAAUGUGGUCAUCAUUUUCAUAGUGUGGGUGAAUCCCCGACUCCACUCUCCCAUGUACUUUUUCAUCGCCAAUUUGUCCUUCCUGGAAACGUGGUUCACCUCGGUCACUAGCCCUAAGCUGAUGCUGAACUUUCUCUCAAUCAGCCUAACCAUUUCAUUCCAUGGCUGCAUUGCCCAGUCCUCCUUCUAUUUCGCCUUGGGUGGUACAGAGUUAGCCUUCCUCGUGGUCAUGUCCUUUGAUUGCUAUGUUGCCAUCUGCCACCCUUUACAAUAUGCCAUCAUCAUGGAGCAGAGAUUCUGCAUCCAGUUAGUUCUUGGUACGUGGGUGGGAGGUUUUAUGGUUAUGAGUUUACGGAUGCUCCUGUUUUCGAAGUUGAGUUUCUGUGGGCCAAAUGUGAUCAACCAUUUCUUCUGUGACAACACACCCCUUUUCCUACUGUCCUGCUCUGACACCAGUGAGGUUAGAAGGGUUGAUUCUAUUUUGAUCUCAACUUUAGUGCUGAGCUCCUUAGGCCUAACAAUGUUGUCAUAUGUGAGUAUCUUAUUUUCUAUUCUCCGAAUCCCAAUGGCCACAGGCAGACAGAAAGCUUUUGCUACCUGUGGCUCCCAUCUCACACCUUUGGCAAUUGCCUAUGGAAGCUGCAUUGUGUUGGAUGCCAGGCCUUCAGGAAGUUUUUCCUUGGAUGUCAACAAAGGGGUGGCUCUGCUGAACACUGUUCUGUACCCUUUCCUCAACCCCUUUAUCUACAGCCUCAGAAACAAGACUGUGAAACUCGUCCUGAGUUUAGGUGAAACGUUUCGGUUGGAUACUGAAAAGUUGCUCCCCGAUCUGUGACAUGCUUCCAAAUAGAUACAAGAAAAGCAACAGAAAGAUAAUGGAAGGGCAUGAAUCGAUCCACUAAUCUGAAGUCCAAUUUUGUGUAAUACUCCUUCCUUCACAUGUAUUUUCUAUAAAUAAAUGUUCAGUCAAUUCUAUUAUUCAAGAAAAUAAUUAGAAUAAUUAAACCUUCCUUUAAAGUGCUGAACUGUUUCCCACUUGAGAUCAAUGUGCAGUUAUUCACAGAACAAACACUGCACUGAUAGUAGCAGACCAAGUUUCCUUCAGGCCACACCACUUUCAGUAGGACUUGGGUACCAAAUAUCAGUUAGGCACUUUUUUCUCUUCAUGACUAUGGUUUCUGAGGACUUCACAGUGCCCUUGCAUGGUAAGAAAACAUUAUCAUUAAUUUU